AUGUUCAGGCAGCUGGAGUUUAUGGUUCUUCAAUCAUCUCCCAUAUCCUACUCAAAGUUAUUGCCAUUGCUCAGGCAAACCAAGUCCGUAAAUGAAGGCCUCCAAAUCCAUGCCCAGUUAGUUAAGCAUGGAUUAUCCCAUGAUCCUAAUCAUCGUAACCAUUUGAUAAAUUUUUAUUCCAAGUCCAGAGCUUUUUCCCAUGCCCGCAAACUGCUUGAUGAAAGUCCGGAACCAGAUUUGGUUUCUUGGUCCUCGCUGAUAUCUGGGUAUGCACAGAAUGGCCUUGGCUCAAAGGCUACUUCGGCCUUCCACGAAAUGCAGGCCUUGGGCCUUAAGGGUAACGAGUUCACCUUCCCCAGCGUGCUCAAGGCUUGUGCACACACGAGUGAUUUUGUGCUUGGGAAGCAGGUUCAUGGAAUUGUAGUAGUUUCUGGAUUUGAGGCAGAUGUUUUUGUGGCAAAUACUUUAGUGCUCAUGUAUGCGAAAUAUGGUAGUAUUGUAGAUUCCAGGAGGUUGUUUGAGGACAUCCCGGAUAGAAACGUCGUUUCUUGGAAUGCUUUGUUGACAUGUUAUACUCAAAGCGAUCUUUUUGGGAAAGCGAUGGGAUUAUUUCAGGAUAUGAUUGUGGGUGACAUAAGGCCCGAUGAGUAUAGUUUGUCAACUGUAUUAAAUGCCGCCACAGGUCUAGGGGAUAUUGGUCAAGGGAAGAAGAUUCAUGGCUAUUUGAUAAAGCUGGGGUACGAGAGUGAUCCGUUCUCAUUGAAUGCACUAGUAGACAUGUAUGCAAAAGGAGGAGAUCUAGGAGGUGCAAAAACUGUUUUUGGUAAUGUGCCGGAACCUGAUAUUGUUUCUUGGAAUGCUCUUAUUGCUGGUUGUGUAUCUCACGAACAUCAUGUUUGGGCCUUAGAAUUGUUAGAUCGGAUGAAAAGCUCUGGGGUGAACCCUAAUAUGUUCACCAUGUCUAGUGCUCUUAAAGCUUGUGCAGCAUUAGGUGUGAAGGAAUUGGGUAAGCAGUUUCAUGCUAAAUUGAUAAAGCUAGAGACGAUGAAGGAUCCCUUUUUGAAUGUUGGCCUCGUUGACAUGUAUAGUAAGUGUCGUUUGAUGAAGUAUGCCUUAACUGUUUAUCAUUUGAUACCGGAAAAGGGAUUGGUUGCAACAAAUGCAUUGAUCUCUGGACUCUCACAGAAUGGGGAGAUCAGGGAAGCUCUUACCCUAUUUCAAGAGAUGCAUAAGGAAUGUAUGGAAUUUAACCAUGCUACUUUACUAGCAGUGCUUAAUGCUGUUGCUGACGUGCAGGCUACUAGCAUGUGCAAGCAAGUUCACACGCUUAUUAUGAAGUCUGGUUACGAAGCUGAUAAUUUCAUUACGAACAGCCUUGUUGACUCAUAUGGGAAGUGUAGUCAGGUUAAUGAUGCAGCUAGAGUUUUUGAAGAAUGCCCCAAUGUGGAUCUACCAUCUUUUACAUCAAUAAUGACGGCAUAUGCUCAACGGGGGCAAGGUGAAGAAGCUUUGAAACUCUAUUUGAAGCUACCAGAAAUGGAUAUCAAGCCAGAUUCUUUUGUUUUCAGUUCUCUUCUCAAUGCUUGUGCAAAUUUAUCAGCUUAUGAGCAGGGGAAGCAAAUUCAUGUUCAUGUCUUGAAAAUGGGGUUUAACUCAGAUGUCUUUGCUGGGAAUUCCCUUGUCAACAUGUAUGCCAAAUGUGGAAGUAUCGAGGACGCUGGUUGCGCUUUCUCUGAGGUUCCGGAGAGAAGUGUUGUCUCCUGGUCCGCAAUGAUUGGUGGACUAGCACAACAUGGCCUGGGUAAAGAGGCCCUCGAUUUGUUCAAUGACAUGUUGAAAGAUGGUACAGCUCCCAAUCAUGUAACAUUAGUCAGUGUCCUCUCUGCCUGUAAUCAUGCUGGUCUAGUUGAUGAAGCUCAAUGGUAUUUUGACACCAUGAAGGAGCGAUUUGGCAUAGAACGAAUGCAGGAGCACUAUGCUUGCAUGAUUGAUGUCCUUGGCCGAGCUGGUAAGUUGGAUGAAGCAAAGGACCUCGUUAAUAGCAUGCCUUUAGAAACUAAUGGCGCCAUAUGGGGGACACUUCUUGGAGCCGCCAGAAUUCAUAAGGAUGUAGAGCUAGGAAAACAUGCUGCUGAGAUGCUGUAUACUCUAGAACCAGAAAAAUCGAGUACACAUACUCUCCUUGCUAAUAUUUAUGCCUCGGCAGGAUUAUGGGAGAACGUUGUUAAGGUGCGCAGAUUAAUGAAAGACAGGAAAGUGAAGAAGGAACCCGGGAUGAGCUGGAUGGAGGUGAAAGAUAAGAUACACACAUUUAUUGUUGGAGACAGAAGCCAUCCUAGAAGUGAAGAGAUAUAUUUGAAACUUGAGGAGCUGGGGCAUCUAAUGGCCAAAGCGGGUUAUGUUCCUUUGUUGGACACAGACCUCCAUCGUGUUAAAAGUAAAGAAAAGGAGAUUCUCCUCUCGUACCACAGUGAAAAGCUUGCUGUGGCUUUUGCACUGAUAGCCACCCCGCACGGGGCUCCUAUUAGGGUGAAAAAGAAUCUUCGUAUCUGUUUGGAUUGCCAUACAUCGUUCAAGUACAUCUCUAAGAUAGUGUCAAGAGAGAUCUUUGUUAGAGAUAUCAAUCGUUUCCACCACUUCAGGGACGGAUCUUGUUCCUGUGGUGAUUAUUGGUAGUGUGCUCUACCUUCAGCAUGAUGGAGCAAUUCAAUGAUGUUGCUUCAGGAGAAUGCUUCUAACCAGGAAAUGAGUCGGCCUUUGUUUAAUUCAACUUUGCUACAGACUAUUCAAUCUGAAAAUCCUUCUCGGUGGAGCUUGUGCAGAGAGGCUGCUACUGUGGUGUUGUUUACAUAGGAAAGGAUGGGGAUAUUCCAAUUCUCACAAUGAAGUAUGUUUACGUCCUCAUAUACACGUAUCAUAUCACCAACUCAUCCUUGGUCUCAUUGCCCGCCUGCGUGCAGAUGCAGCUUCUCGAGCGUGGAUAAUUUCGUAUCUGGGUCUAUAAGUUAUAUAAGCUCACUGUUUGUUUGGGGCUGAAUAUGAUGAUAUCGAGAUCGUUAUACAUCCUCAAUCCAUCAUACGGAGUACAUUCGAUGAUCGUGACACAGGAUUGAGACAUGCAUUUGCCUAUUCUGUACAGCUUAUCGUGGCCAAAGAGAAUCUACUGCUCCGAGAUUACAUGGCCUCGCCUCGACCUCUGCAAGGCCGACCUGACAUUCAAGAAGCCCGACAGCAGCAAGUGCCCGUCAAUGGAUCUAGCUUAUGCUGCUGGACGGGAAGGAGGGCACCAUGACAGGAUGGAGCAAUUCAACAACUUGUUGCUUCAGGAGAAUGCUUCUAACCUGGAAAUGAGCCAGCCUUUGUUUAAUUUGACUUCGUUACAGACUAUUCAAACUGAAAUCCUUAUCGGAGGAGCUUGUGCAGGUACAUGGCAACGUUGAUUAUUGACAACGACCCUACCUAAUUAUGAUGAAGGUGUACAGAGAUGAAGUAAACCCCUUGAUCACUAAGCUCAUUACACAGGCUCACCACAACAAAUGGUGUCUACAAAAUAUUAACCUGAGCUAUUUUUUUUGGCAUGAAAAAUAAUGUUAACAUUUUGGGUUGAAUGCAGAGAGGCUCUACAAUAGUGUUACUUAGGAAAGGAUGGGGAAUUAAGUUUACAUCCUCAUAUACACACGUAUCAUAUCACCAACUCAUCCUUGGUCUCAUUGCCCGCCUGCGUGCAGAUGCAGCUUCUCGAGCUUGGAUAUCUGGUAAGUCCGCUCAAUCCACAAUGCAAGGAGUAUGCUAACACCUUGAUCAAAGGCCUCGUCGAAGGGAAUCAGCUCUCAGAAGAUGAAGCCUUGGCUUACAUACAGAUACUGGAAGUAUCUUCCACACCUGUCAUCUCUGCAUAUCAUUAAAUUCCUGACUAGAAUUAUGUCAUUUUUU